GUGAUGUGAUGCGGAGUCCACAGUCCAUAUUCACUAUGCCGUACCAUAGUGAAAAGUAUUGUAGCUCGUGAAGGAAAAACAAAAAGUGUUCAACGGUUAAACAACAACAUCAGCAGGACUCAUGGCACCAGGACGAAAGGUGAGAGUGUCCUAGAAGAGGCUUCGUUUAUUGCUUCGUUUCCUUUUCGAACGAGAUAUCUGCUAUCACGACCUCCAAGCCCAGUCUUCCUUCUCCUUUGUCGGCUGCAGUUUCCAGGUUUCACUUUCCGAAUACGUCCUCAGUGUUUUUGCAGCAAAGAAAUCUUGAGCAUGCUGCAGUUGUUGUUGUUCUUGAUACAUAAGAUGUUGUUGAUUUUUGGGUAUUGCGCUACCACACAUCUGAAAAGACUACAGUACUGAACAAGAUCUUUAUAAUCGUUCGUGCCUCAUGAAAAGUCUCUAAGAUUCUUACAAGAUCGCUCGUGCCUUUUUUGAAGUCUUUAUCGUUUUUGAGUAAGUGUAAGAAACAGUACAAACGAUUAUACUAACAGGACGAGGGGCGAGUGUUUGUACUUAUGUUGAGUUGUAUCUUCAGGUGUGUUUUGGUUUUCCAGGAAUUCUUAAAGGUGGAAGCUUGUUCGUGCUCCUGGUUCAUGUUCGACAUUGGUCCUCGUUAAAUUUUUGACCUCACAAUUCCUUGGAGUUGGAAUCAGAAUCUUCCAUUUCAAUAAACUAGAAGUAGAGAGGACGCAUUAUUGAUUCUGGUGUAGUUUCAUCCCUUUCCACACAAGAAGAUGAAAAAAUGGCUUCGAAGUUAUGGGAUGUGUUUCCGCUGGUGCCGCCUGAUGGCAAUUGGAUGACGCCCUCAAUGCGAGCUGGUUUGCCUACCUCUGCUAGACUAAGAUUUAAAAUUGAAGUUGAUAAAACGAACAACAACAAGAAGAACCACCACAACCGCGACUAGUACUACAUGAAGCUGCUUCUUCAUCUCCCAAUCUAUGAUGUGAAAGUGAAAGAUCGUGGAAAGAAAGUGAACAGAGAAUUCAUUGGAAAGAAGAAGAAUACCUUCAGAGUGAGAUGAAUAUUAGGAUAGAACAAGAGUGAAAAAUGAAAAACAACUCCUCGUCCUCUAGGGGUAGCAGAAAGUUGGAAGGAAGAGCGGUCAUUCCGAUAUCGUGGAUGCAGAUUUAUCGAGCGGUUUUUAUCGCACCUGGACCUCGAUCUGAAAAUGGUGCAAAGUCUGGCGGCUACCGCGUUCUUCUACUUUCAGCUUUUUCACGCAUUUAUACUUAUGGCUGGAAAGUAGACUGAAUAUAAUUCUACUGAUUAAUAUAAUGAUUUGGUCAUGUGAUUUCCUUCUUUUGUCGUAGUAAUAAAUGUGGGAAGUUGCUAUUGCUAUGUAUAAUAGUUCCGUUUAAGUAUCGCACAGGUUCAGGUAUUAACACGUGGUAGAGGCAGACCGUCGGGGUGUACUGAGACGAUGACGAGAUACAACUGGCAGCCCGUGACUUGGUAGAUCACACAUGGGGUACAUGACAUGACAUCGAAGAGUUUUACAACUAAAGACCGACUCGUUAGCACCGAGUCCAAGUCAGGUUGAGGCUCAGUAUAUAUAAGUACACUUAGAAGUUCUUCUAACAAACCAUUCGGCCGGGAAGAUUUGGGCGUCACUGCCCUUGCCUGUGUAUUCUUGGCAUGCAAGGUCGGAGAGCAUACUCGAAAAAUUCGACCGCUCAUGAACGCUUACAACGCCGAGUUGGCAAGCGGCGCACAGAACCGCGUUGCAUCCGACAGAGAUGGAGACACCGGAUCGGAAACUCUGUACUGAAUCUACUUGCAACGAACUAGAAGUGAAGAGUAGAGGGUUUAUCUCGCUCCCAGUAGUUUUCUUUACUAGUAUAGAUUUGACUGAGCGGCCUUCUUGACUCGUCCUCUCCCACAUCAGAUGCAACGCCGACGAGGAGAGUGCGAUACGGGAACAAGUGCACAAGAUUGAGUUUUUUCUGCUUCGUGCGAUGCACUUUCAUCUCGAGAUGCCUGCGGCCGAAGGCCAUUUCAUGCUCGAAAUAUACUGCAAUCGCUUGAUCUGCCUUUUUGGAGGUGCUGGAGAAUUCGAUAUCAUCGAAGGUGAAGCGGCAUUACGAGAACGAGAGCGACAAGAACGACAAGAAGACAAAGACGGGCACGACGAUGAACAAGACGAGCACAAGGAGCAUGACGAUGGCCAUCACGAUUCUGAUUCAACGUUGAUGCAUGUUGAGUUGAAAGACGGCGUUGGAGCAAGGUGGGAAGAGUAUCGGCCUCCGGUCUGGGAAAAACGGAGUGAUACCACGAUACUGCCUGUUCGAACGAUGCAGAAUACACUAAAAAAAAUGCUCCGAUCAAAAGGAGAUCCUUCGGGUACUACAUUUCUUUCUGGGAAAGCUGUACACGCUCUUAUUCGUUAUACGAAAGUUACUUUACACACUAACCACGUUUUGGGGAACUAUCGCUCAGAAGUUCCUUCAAGUUUGACACUGUGGUCGAAUGCAAUUAUAUAUAUGUUACAAAAAGGUACCUCCACGGCCAAUUCGAAUACAAUGAACGGAGUUCCAUUUGACGAUGAUCGGGUCCUUUCAGAGAUACGGAAGACUGCAGGAAAUUUUUACACCGACGCUUUCCGAACGUGGAUCGUUCUGCGGUAUAUGCCGUUCAAGAUUGCCGCAGCAGCCCUCUUCAUGAGCAUCAUUUUUCGAUGUCAAAACUAUGACCUACAAAACUUUGGUGUUGGUCGUGUCUCUCUCCUGUGUGUUUCCUUCUUCGUAUAGCAGGGUUCCGUUCCGUUCCAAAAAAUCCGUUCGUUGCUUGGAUCCUAGCCUUCGUUGCUUGGGUCCUUAGAGGUUGAAGAUAGCUCCUGAGGGUUCUAACUAUUGCAUCCUGAGUGGUGCGAAAAACUGUUGGAAUGGGCUACCGCAGAUACUGACGAAAAACUCAAUGGCGACAGUGAUCGCCGUAAGCAGAAAGACCUUCAAAUGGCUGAGGACCACGAGAGCAGCACGAGAAAAAAGGGUGGUGCAACGUUGACAGCGAGGACUCUGUCGCCGUCGAAGCCAUCUGCAUCGUCACCAGCACGUAGUACACGAUCUGCCGAGGCGCAGCCCCCGUUGAAGAAUGUGGUAUACGAUCUGAUAGCGGUUUUGGAACCGAGCUUGACAUGGACUGAAGUAAACGAAAUUCAGGAGGAAAUCGUCGCCAUGUUGUUUGCUCGAUCUCAUAAAAGCGCUGAAGUGUUGAAAAAACCAAUGCUAAAAAGGAAAAGCAGCAGUAGCACUGCUCAGACAUCUUCGAGGAUGCAGACGCAAUCGACAGCUACAAUAGCUUCAUCUCCCGAUAGAAUUAUGAAGAAGACAACAACCGCAGCCACGUCUGGAACAAGCGGAGCAGGGACCUCCUUGUUGAUGAAUUUAGGCGUUCCAAGACCUAACAUUCCUCAAUUAAAAAACGUUCCGAACAACGGCCCAUCGUCCCUUCCGAACAACGUUCCGAUGCAACAUCAACUUGCUGCACUUCAAAAUGAAGUGGAACAACAACGUCUUCCGCGAGAACAACAAGGUGGUGCGACAUCUUCAUCGAGGAGAAAGUUUAAUAGUACAAAUCCUGGUGCUUCUGGUGCUGCUGUAAAUGUAAUGAACCUCAGCACGACCCCUGGUGGAGCUAGUAUUAACAUGAAUUUGGAUUUGCCCCCACCUCCUGCUCCACCGCCUCCAUUGGCUAAGAAACUGCCAUCAGCGAGCAAACGGCAAGCAGCACAUGUCGAUAUGGACCCACGAAAAAAUAAAAGGCCACGAAUAGAACUAGGACAGCUGCGAGAACUAGAAGCAGUACGAGAAGAGAAUCCGAAUCGGCCAACACGACGGCGAGUGGAUGUCGUGGAGGAAGAGGAAAAGGUCAGCGAUCCUCGUUCAAGAAGCGCAUUUCCGGAAUUGAAGAGCGUGAAAAAUUUCGUCCCUGCGAUAGUCGGAAGUUGUCCGGCGACGCCAGAGCCGGCAGAAAGGGGAGGGCGAGAGGAGGACAAUUUGCCUGUAGUGGUGGAUGCGUUUAAUAGGGCUACUUACAAUCAUGGUGCUGAAUAAUGGAUGCAUGCAUAGUUGUCCGUGUGUAUACGAGAUGAACGUUCGAUUGAAUCGCUAGAGUUGAACUACAAGACUCCUGAUCUUCUUGCAGACUCAUCCAGACCAUCCCUGCUCAUCUAAUUCUGCUGCAGAAUCAACACUGCGACUGCCCAUUGAAAGCCAGAACGGCACUAUUAUAACUUCUGUGCGAGAAGUCGUGGACCACUCGUCUGAAGAGCAUUACGAAACGUUUCCGAUGGCAUCGACUGCUGGCCCUGUCGUCAUAGAGGAAACUGGAAAUGACGACCACAACAUUCACGAGAUCGUUGAAGAGGAAUUUAAUCCGGAAGCAGAAGAUCCUCUGGGGCUUUUGGGAGGAGGAGGAGAAAGGGCCACUGGUCGUGGAAGAGACGGAGCACACCCAAUUAUCGAAAGCUGCAGGUAUCUUCCAGGAGUAGUACACGAUGCUCCUGCGUCUUCAUCAUCAUGGCAACAAGAGCAUAGUGCUAGACAGGCUGACGAGCACCAAAACCAAUCUCCUUCAUCGCGGCAGCAAGAGCAUAGUGCCAGACAGGCUGCCGAGUACCAAAACCAAUCUCCUUCAUCGCGACAGCAACAUUGUGCUAGAGAGGCUGCCGAGCACCAAAACCAAUCUCCUUCAUCGCGGCAACAAGAGCAUAGUGCUAGACAGGUUGACGAGCACCAAAACCAAUCUCCUUCAUCGCACCAGAGGCGAAUCGGGCAUCCCGCACAACAGCAAGAAGCUGAGCAGCCGCUAGAACGGAGUUCCAGAUCCAGGCCUUCGCGCAGCUCCCUCUCAUCUACAAGUCGUACUUCGUCUUCCUCAACACCAUCAUCUUCAAAAAGUCGUUUCUCCAGAAGUCUCCUGUCGCCAGAGAAGGGGUGAAAUGGACAUUGAUGGUCACGACGGCACUCUCUGCAUACCUUCAUGUACAUAAUUUUUGAGACACGUGAUUUUUAUACGGAUAUGAUCAUGAAGAAGAUGAACAACAACAAUACGCGCUUCUUUCGAGUACGAAGCCGCGGCCCAAUGAAAUUCCUGAGAAACUCAUGAUUACGCGCACAACAUUGCGCACAUCGAUCUAGUGAUUCCAUAUACAAGACGCAAAAGAAAAUUUGAAGACGCAAAUAACAAC